AUGCGAUCACCUCAGCCUCUUCGCAGCGGCGGCGAUAACAGUUGUUCGCCGUCGCAUAACCCUCGUUUCCACUCGACGGUGGCGGAACACAAACUACGUCGCUUCAACUUGCUAAUACUCGUGUUCCGCCUCACCUCCUUCUCCUUCUCCCUCGCCUCCUCCGUUUUCAUGCUCACCAACACUCGUGGCUCCGAUUCUCCUCACUGGUACCACUACGACACCUUCAGAUUCGUUCUAGCGGCGAAUGCGAUAGUGGUGGUGUACUCAAUGUUCGAAAUGGGAGCGUCGGUGUGGGAAAUUUCACGAGGCGUAACACUGUUCCCCGAAGUGUUGCAAAUAUGGUUCGACUUCGGGCAUGACCAGGUGUUCGCGUACCUGUUGUUGUCGGCGAGCGCGGCGGGGACGUCGAUGGCGAGAACGCUGAAGGAGAUGGAGACGUGUAGAGCGAGCAAUGCGUUCUGCGUGCAAACGGACAUAGCCAUAGCGUUGGGAUACGCGGCGUUUCUGUUCCUAGGGUUUACCUCGCUCCUAACGGGCUUCCGCGUCGUCUGUUUCAUAAUCAACGGUUCCCGUUUUCAUCUCUGAGGUUUUCGUUUUCGUUUUGCGUGGCAACGCCACACUACACAAACGAACGAAUAUUUUGGGUGGGGUCGGGCUUUUCUUUUCACUGUACUCCAUCCAAACACCGCUCGCUGGAAAGAAAGGUAUCAAAAUCAAAAUUAUUUGUCAAGAGCCUGUUCGCACGGAGUAUGUACAAAGCAAUUCUAUUUUUUCUUGCAUUGGGAAAACGGAGCUUUCAUGCGUUGGAAAACGUGCUAACUCUCGUUUAUGUGGUGAGGAGCACUUGAUUUGUUGUACGUUCAUUCUUUUCUAAGAAAUCCUAAUAAGAUUAUGUUUAUGAUGGUAAUUUUAUUGAAUAGGUUAAUAUUUUUUUAUGAUAGUGAUUGUAAAUAGGGUUAUUGAUUUUCAAAUAGACAUCAGAUAUUCUCAAUAA